AACGCAACCCAUUCGUUUUCGUACGUGGAAAGCCGUAAUAGUUGGACGGUCACAAAAUAUUAUAAUAAAUUUUAAUUUUAGACUUAAAAGUUUCUAAUAAGACUGCAAAAUGGUCACAAAAUACUUCGUACCUUUAGCUCUUGUUGCUUUAAUCGCCGGUGUUACCGCGGAUAGCUGUAAAAACCCGCAAGUGGAGGCGUCCUCAUUCACAAGUUUAGAUGCGACGGUGGUUACACAGAUCGCGUAUAUUGCAGAAUUUACAUUGAAAUGCGACAAUGACUUGCCUGAAAACUACGCUCUGUACGCUGAAGUGGACGGCAAAGCCCUGACCGCAGCCAGGAUCGGCGAAAACAAGUACCAGGUGUCCUGGACCGAAGAGCCGUCAAAGGCCCGUUCAGGGCUGCACGAGAUCAACAUCCUAGACGAGGAGGGCUGGGCCUCCCUCCGCCGCGCGCGCCGCGCCGACCCCGCCGCCACCGGAGCCCCGUUGCUGGCUAUCCAACUGCAUCACCCUGGAAGCUACUCUGGCCCAUGGGUCAACUCAGAAGUCCUGGCCACUCUUCUCUCCAUCCUGGUAGCCUACACCGCUCUCCGCAACAAGACAAAAAUCUUAGCCUAAACAUUAUAAAUUAUUGUUUUUAAUAAUAAAUUGUUUAAUUUAUAAA